AUGAAGGCCGUGAUCUUCCUAUGGUUGGUGGCGUCUGCUGGACACGGAAUGAUUUACCAGGACAACUCCGUUACAUUUGCGGCAGAACAUAGCGGAAAGUUACCAAACAUGUUGACUCUGAGUGGUGUGGCAUUCACGAUCCGUUCGUUUCGCAUAACCAAAGGCCAGGAUCCAGACGGCAACAUCGAAGUGGGCCAAAAGCAGGCGUUUGCGGGCUCCAACGGCGACUUUGUCUUUCGGAUCGGGCACAACAGGAGCAAAGAAGUCGCCACUUGGUUCAGCUACGAAUUGGGUCGGGCUGACAGGUGCACCUUCUUCCAUUACCCAGGCCGCCUCUACUUCGCAUUCAAAGGCGACUUGGAAGUGCGAGUGACUCGAUCUCCGACCUCCCAGACCCACCACCUGAUCAAGGAUGUGCUGAUCGCGCAAGGCCACGCUGGAUUGAGAAACAACUGGUGGUUUGGAGGCAAAACGUGUUACAGGACCGAUGACGACGAUGGCGAUGACCUUCUUCGUGGUCAUCGCGUUUAUUGCGAAAGUGAGGAAGACGCUGAUGGCAAAGUGGCCUACGUCCGUUUCCAGCGCGGGGGGUUUGACCCAUAUCACAGAAUUCGUGUCCAAAAAGUUGUGUUUCAGCACAAGAAGCCGAGACGUGGCAACCAGACCUUUCUUGCGGCGUUGCCCGACACAAAGAACACAGGCCUUCCAGUGCACGGCAAUGUUGCGCCAAAGGGCAGCAUGACUCUGCCAGUGGAGCGGUGA